AAUCUCUCUCAGAAUCGUCCGGCACAUUUUGGCACAACAAUUUAUUUUUUUGAAUAUUACAUACAAUGCAAGUGCAUUUGCUUUGCUGAAUUAACGAAGAAAGUACAAACAGCAAAUUAAACAAAAUGCAAUUGGGGUCAAAGUUACAUGUGUACAAGGGGGAGUGGGGACUGCCAACAAUUGAUUUCGAAUGUAUGCGUGUCUUGUGUUUGCUACGCUUCACCCGCUGCCCUGUGGACAUUGAAACAAAUACAAAUCCAUUACGGUCGGGUGCCGGAAAGUUGCCCUAUCUACAGAUUGGCAACGACAAAUUCACUGGCUAUAAGGAGAUCAAACGCGUGCUGGAUCUUGAGGGUUAUCCGGUGGAUGCGCAUUUAACAUCGAAACAAAAGCACCUGUCCACCACAUACUCCAAUUGGGCAUUCACACAACUGCAUGCCUACUAUCAUUACUUCCUUUAUGGAGAGCCAAACAACUAUGAUACAACCACACGUGGUUUGUACGCCAAGCGUACACCAUUUCCAUUCAACUUCUACUAUCCAUCCACGUAUCAGCGUGAAGCCUGCGACGUUGUCCAAGUUCUGGGCGGUUUCGAUAUAAACGAUAAGAUGGAGAAGCACGAAAGUGACUAUCUGGUCACUAAUGCCAAAAUGGCCGUGAACUUGUUAUCACGUAAACUGGGACGCAAGGUCUGGUUCUUUGGUGACAUCUACAGUGAACUGGAUGCAAUUGUCUACAGUUACCUGGCCAUAAUCUUUAAAAUAUCACUGCCCAAUAAUCCCUUGCAAAAUCACAUAAAAGGAUGUCAAAAUCUCGUGAAUUUCAUUAGUCGCAUUACGAGAGAUGUAUUCCGAAAUGAAUGCUAUAGUUCGAUAAAGCUAACAAAAUCCUCUGGUCACGCGGACAACACCUUGACGCCGUCCGAACGCAAGUUUAUGGAAACUGAAAUGAAUACAAAGAUUGUGGCAGGAGUUGGAGCAGUUUUGGCAAUGGGCGUGUUUGCUGCUUGGCGUGGAAUUUACACACAAUUAACACGCUCGUCAACGGAUUAUGAUGGCAUUGACUAUGAGGACGAUGAGAUGGAUGAGGGUUUGGAAUAGUUGCAGAACUGUAAAUUGUUAGAUUUAAUAGUCUAUGUAUUUUUAAACACAUUCAAAAAAGAAACAUACUAAGAAAUGUCCAAAAGCAAUGCAGUCACAUAAAUGUAUAUACAUUUUGAAGAGAUAUAUAUAUACACAUAAAAAUUGAUAAUAUGCAUAACUGUCAUUUGUUUUUAAACUAUAAACUAUAUGUGAAAUUUAUUGUUAGAAAGAAACAGCAACCAAAGCAAAAUAAAAAUGUGCAACUGACGCUGCUAUCGUUAUUUGUAAUUAACUCAAA